GUAUAAUAACAGGUACCUGUGCAAUAUCCCUUUUAACUUUAGGUACUUAUAACAUUCACGGCCUUGGAAAAUAUUCAGGUAUAGCGAGACUUAGAAGCUUUUAUUGUUCAUACGAUACCGCCUAAAUAGAAACUUCUACCGGACUAAGCAGAUACCUAGGUACUUAUACCCUAGUAGGAUUCCCACCCACUUGCAAUGUUUCCCUAAGUAACAGAGCUUACCGAGAUGUUAACCGCAAGGGAAGAUAUGUCCUCGUCAAUGCGGCAUUCCCGGACCCCUCACAUAUGAGGGAUAAUACUUAGAUAUCUCCGAAACAUGCUUUGAGCAAGCUGAUUUUAGAGUAUAUGAACUGACUAUGAGGAGCUAGUAUAUUUAUCUAGUUGGUAUUUCAUAAUCUCUCUCACAAUGUCCGGCAGCGGAACUCAGAGUAACAAGCCCGCCAGCUUCCAACUCCAUCUAGUUGUCGUUGGAGCAGGACUAGCUGGCCUUGCCGCUGCCAUCAGCACACGCCUUGAAGGUCACCGAGUUACAGUACUGGAGAAAACUACCAGGUUAGAAGAAGUUGGUGCUGGGCUACAGGUUACCCCUAAUGCAAGCCGUUUAUUCCAUCAUUGGGGAGUUUUCGAUGAGCUAAGCUCCAAGGCCGCCGUUCCGUCCUAUCUAGCAGUUCGACGAUAUGAUGGUACACGUAUCUUAGCUCAUGAAGACUGCUAUCAAGAGAAGAUACUCGAACGAUACGGAGCUCCAUUUUGGGAUCUCCACCGUGCAGACUUGCAGGAAACGUUAGUGCGUCGCGCUCGCUCACUCGGCGUCGAUAUUCGGCUGGGGUUUGAUGUUCAACAUGUUGACUUUCAACGCGCCGCGGUAGUUGCACAAGAUGGCCAGAAGGUACAAGGCGAUCUGGUCCUUGGUGCAGAUGGCUUAUGGUCGCGCACGACAAGUUUCUUGUUACAACAACAGCUAACACCGACGCCAACUGGGGAUCUUGCAUAUCGAAUUAUAUUAAAUUUAGAGGAUAUAGAAGAUCCGGAAUUACGGGACUUAGUUUCCAACCCAUCCGUCAAUUUCUGGAUUGGUCCGGAGUCUCACGUCGUAGGCUAUUCACUCCGACAGGGUCGCAUGUAUAACCUUGUUUUACUCCGGCCUGAUGACCUUCCAGAACACGUGAGCCGCUCUGCUGCUGAUGUGGAUGAGAUGCGGAAGCUAUUCGAGCCGUGGGAUCCGAUCUUGAACAAGUUGCUAGCAUGUGUGAACAAGGUGGAUAAAUGGCGACUGAUGCAUAUCUCCCCCUUGGAUACCUGGGUAAAUAAUGAGGCAUCUUUCCUACUAGCGGGUGAUGCAUGUCAUCCAAUGCUCCCGUAUCUUGCGCAGGGAGCCAAUUCCUCCCUAGAAGACGGCGCUGUCCUCGGUCGUCUCCUUAAAUACGUAACUAAUCGCGAUAAGCUAGCCCCUGCGCUUGAGUUAUAUCAACAGCUACGAAAGACCCGGGGUGAGGCAAUAGCAAAGGAAGCAUUAGGUCAGAGGGAUUCAUUCCAUUUACCUGAUGGGCCCUCCCAGGAGCAACGAGACGCUAUCUUCCUCGCAAAUUUGGACAAGGAACCGCCACCACAUUUCCCCAGCCGCUGGACCUGCCCCACAGUGCAGCCGUGGCUAUAUAGCUAUGAUGCUGUAGCAGAAGCUGAUAAGGCUUAUGAGACGGACCCAUUCUGAUUUUCCACAGUAAGGUUAUUUGUAGAUAGUUUUGUCAUUUACCCUGCACAAGAUCUACCACGGCACAUAUACCGUCCAUUUUCAAGUAGGACUUUGGGCUAUACAUAUAGGCUUGCCCUUGGAGAUAGAUGUAUCAUAUUAUUUGUUUUAAGACUCAGAAUGUCCAUCCUACUUCUCCUUUUACAGGCAUCAUAUAUCGAUAAUUGAACUAAAGCUUAAGUAACCUCACAAAACCC